GCACCUUUUUGGGCGUGCAUCCUGAGUGCAUUAGGACUCUUUAUCUACCAGUCUCUGGAUGCCAUUGAUGGGAAGCAAGCCAGAAGAACAAACAGUAGCUCUCCUCUAGGAGAGCUUUUUGAUCAUGGUUGUGACUCUAUUUCCACAGUUUUUGUUGUCCUUGGAGCCUGCAUAGCAAUUCGACUAGGAACAAAUCCUGACUGGUUGUUUUUCUGUUGCUUUGUGGGACUGUUCAUGUUCUAUUCUGCUCACUGGCAGACAUACGUAUCAGGCAUACUAAGGUUUGGAAAAGUUGAUGUAACUGAAGUUCAGAUAGCCAUAACGAUGCUGCUCUUGAUAUCUGCGUGUGGUGGCACAGCAAUAUGGGACUACAAGGUCCCUUUGGUGGGCUUAGAACUGAAGUUCCUUGCAGUUUUUGGCAUACUGUGUGGAACAGCACUUUCUUUUUGCAAUUACUUCCGUGUCAUCUUUGGGGGAGGCGUUGGAAAGAACGGAUCUACAAUAGCAGGAACAAGUGUUCUUUCACCAGGCUUGCACAUUGGACUACUUAUCACACUGGCCGUUAUGAUCUACAAAAAGUCUACAACUCAGCUGUUUGAAAGACAUUCUUGCCUGUAUGUCUUGACAUUUGGAUUUGUGAAUGCUAAAAUCUCACAGAAGUUGGUGGUGGCUCACAUGACAAAAAGUGAAAUCUGCCUUCAGGACACGGCAUUUAUCGGGCCAGGACUUCUGUUUUUGGACCAGUACUUCAACAGUUUCAUUGAUGAAUAUAUUGUUCUGUGGAUAGCAUUGUUCAUAUCCUUGUUUGAUAUGGUGAGAUAUGCCACUGGUGUAUGCCUACAGAUUGCUGCUCAUCUUCAUAUACAUGUCUUCAGAAUUUCAUCUCAUCAAGCUCCUGAACAGGUACAAGUUGUUUCUCCACUGAGCCAUCAGAAUAACAUGGACUGA